GGCCUCGCUCUUAAGGCAGCUCAAAGACAAACAUGACUCGUAAUUGCUCGUUAAUUACUCUGCAGAGACAGUGUCCGGAUUGGACCGACAGACUCACAGACAGACAUCCGUCGAUGCUGCAGCGUCAGUGUGCUCAACAAAGGCUCAGGCCGGGGAGAGGGCCAUUUUACCAAAUACAAAGGAAGCAGAGCAGCGAGGGAGGGGAGGACUAUGGGAAUGACGGGAAUAGCGAAAUAUCUCUUUACGAAAUCGCAAUGUGCCAUCAAACCAAACACUGAACAAUGGGUGAGAAGUGAUCAGUCACGAUUACAGCAGAAUAUACAGUGUAACGACAGUACAGCAAAUAAAUAAUUUAGAUGUCGAGCUGCCUGCUGUCAAAGCCGACUGCGCAUCACGGUGGCAAAAUGCCGGAACAGCACUGAUGAUAUUACGACCCAGACACUGUACGACCUAAUCUAUCCUAAUAUUGAAAACAGCCGUGAAAGAUGAUCGUCUGCUGAGGAGCAAUUGGCAGUGAAGUCCCUCAGCUCUACUCUUGCAAAGAACUCUUGCUCUUCCUCACACUCAACAACUCAAAGCCGCCAAUCUUCCUUAAACCCAAGCGCACCAGUUGAGAGGCUCACACCUUCUCUGCCUAGAGCCAGCCAUCCUGUUUUUCACAUCCCUAGCCAGCCCAUACAAUUUCCUUCAGACCUCAAAGUGUCUCACCUUUUCCAAAUUUCUGACAUCCCAUCCCAUUCUACUAAUCAGUGUAUCACUACCACUGCACCAACUGUGCUCUCUACCCACAACCACACUCACUUACCCAUGGCUUCUCCAAAGUUAGGUGUGUCAGCAACCACAACCUCCUGUUCAUCCUCCUCUGCUGCUGCUUCUCUCUGUGUGCCUCCACACCCUGGAAGCCCUAGUUCAGUGCCUCAGGGUCCUCCAAGUCCAGUUACACCCUCUUCCAGCCCAAGCACAGUCCCCUCAGCCCCAGCAUGUGCACCCGUCAGUAUUGCUUUCAUCUUGGAGGAGCUACGUGUGCUGCAGCAGAGGCAAAUUCAUCAGAUGCAGAUGACUGAAGAAAUCUGUAGGCAAGUACUGAGAUUGGGAGGAGGAUCUUGUGAAGUGGAUUCAAAACCAUUUACACUACCAUCUCUGCCACAGCUCUGUUUAAAAGGUUCUGUUAACAACCCCAAACCUUCCCGACCAAAGUCAUCACCUCCCCCUACCUCUGUGGCUCCUCUUUUGGCCUGUUUCUCAUCCCUGCUACCCCCUCAGACAACCUCUAAGUCCUCCAGACAUACCCACCCUCUCUUGAAUGUCUUACGCCCCCAUAAAGCACAGUAUGACAGCAGCGUAGUUACUCCAGCAAGCUUCACCAGUCACACAAGUGCUUCCACAUCCUCAUCAAUGUCUACAGGUGCUGCCUCGAACUAUCCACUCACACUUUCUCUUGGCCUUCCAUCCCAAAAAUCAUUCAACACAGGAACUAGUGGACACAGUGGUGUGACCUUCCCAAACCAAUCUAUACCAGCAGCUGCUGUCCCUUCAGCCCCCUCACAGGAUCCAAAACUCUCUGCUCAAGGAGGUAUGACUGUCUCAUCGUCAGGGCGUACGCAGCAUGCAUGCCGAUUUUGUCGGAAACUCUUCAGCGGUGAUUCAUCCCUGCAAAUACACUUGCGUUCACACACGGGGGAGCGUCCUUACCAGUGUCCUGUAUGUUUCAGUCGAUUCACCACACGAGGGAACCUCAAAGUCCACUUCUUGCGGCAUCGUGAGCAAAACCCUGAAGUCUCUUUUUCAUUGUUUCCCUGUUCGCUUUUUGCAUCUGUAACUGGGGGCUCAAUGGGAGGGUCAGCACAAAUGCAACCAAAUGCACAAAUCACCUCCACCAAUACAAAUGCUACUCAGAGGCAUCAAAAACAGCAAGAGGAUGAUCUGCGUGGAGACAGUCCUGAGGGAACUACUGCCUCAACACGUGCCACAACCUCAUCUCUGCCUCCUAGUAUUGAUUUGGCCCUACUGACCACUGCACACUCUCUGCUUCAGCUCAAUCGUGCCGCUGCUGCUGCGGCUGCUGCAGCCUCUACAUCCACUACCUCCUCCAUCACAUCCUCAUCACCUUCCUCUCUGGCCUCCACCCUUCUCUCAGCCCCUGCCUCAUCCACCUCCUCCAUUGCUGGGAUGUAUAAAGGAGUGAAACGCUUUGAUGAGAACACCCCACCAAUACCUACUCUGCUCCCCCAUUCUGCUUACUCACAGCUUGCCAAUUUACCCAAAAUCUUCUUCCCAACAUCUUCAGCUCAGCAUCAUGCAGGCCAUGGGUUUCUCAGGCCAACUCCUGCUGGAUCCUUCCUGCCAUCCCCACAACAACACAUCACAUUCCCGUUCACAGCAUCAUCCACUACCCCAUCCAUCUCAACCCCAACCUCAGACACAUCGAAGCUGCAGAGACUGGUGGAGAAGUUAGAGAAAGAACCACAAGGUCAGUCACAUUGGGUUCCAUCCAUUGGGGAGACUUCUACCAGCAGCCAUACUGUAGCAGGAGCAAUAAGCUAUAGCAGCAGUGGUUUAAUGAGCACUAGCACAAGUACAAAUGUGGUCACCUCACUUCCAUCAUCUACAAUCCAAAUACCAUCAUCCCUCUUCAGCAAGGAGUCACCCUACCUGGGACUUAUGCACUCUGCUGGGACGCUUGCCCCUAAUCAGUGUAGUGUGUGCCUGCGGGUGCUAAGCUGCCCAAGAGCAUUACGAUUGCACCAGGCUACUCAUUUAGGUGAACGACCCUUCCCCUGCAAGCUAUGUGGUCGAUCCUUCUCAACUAAAGGAAGCCUUCGAGCACACCUUGCCACCCACCGUGCCCGCCCACCAAACAGUCGUGCACAGAAUUCUUGCCCCUUAUGUCAACGGAAGUUUACCAAUGCCCUUGUGCUACAACAUCAUAUCCGCAUGCACUUAGGAGGACAGCUUCCACCAGAGCACAUGCCAGAUACCUCAACAGAAUGUGAUAUUUUGUCCCAUUCCGAGUCUAUUGAGCUCUCUGCUUCAGAGAUGAGCCCUAGUGCUACAGAUGUUCAGUUACUAAAUGAUCUACAAACUAUUACGGAUUCUAGACAUACUGAAUCCCUGGCUGUCAGUACUGCUCUUACAGCAUGUGCCAUAACCUCCAGCCUACCAGCUUCACUUAGCUCGGGUCCUAUACCACCUUUAGACCUAAGCCCUGACCCAUCCCUGAAUCCAACCACCCAUUCACCUCCAACAUUCAGAGCUGAUCCACCUGAGCUCUCUCUCAGUGUACCUUCUCCAGUGGAUUCUGCACCCUCCCUUGUCCCCCCUGCCACCCAAUCAGCAUCAGCAACAACUGGUCCUGAUGCCACUGAUGAACUAUCUUUUGAACUUUCCAGCAACACUGCCUUCUUGGAAGAUAAAAAGAUUUCAAGCUCCCCUUCUCUGAAGAAAGAAAGUCCACAAAGAAAUGACUGUGAACGCAGUGAAAAUAGAUCUGUCUCACCUAUUCCUUGCUCUGGAUCCAGAUCAAAUCUAGAGGAUCUUCUUAGUAUACAAGCUCAUAAUGCGUCCAGAGUUCCUCCACCACAUCCAGAAUCAACACCACCUUCUCUCCUUGCGCUGAGAUCUGAGAGUGCGUCUUCUCAUACAGUACGCCUAGAGGAGCUUGAUCAAAGCCUUCUCCAAAAAUCUAAAUUAAUCCCCCAAGAGUUCUCUAAGGAAGAAAAGACGGAAGAUAAAAUACAUAAAACACCAAAGAAUGGACAAAAGACAACUCCAGAUUUGAGUAUUAAUGCAGAUAUGGUAUCAGACACUGUAAACAAAACAAAUGAGGAUGAGACUGAGGAUCGUGACACACAUGUGCAGAAGACCAUAAAGGAAGCUCACUGUAGUUCAACUGCAAAGGAUAAAGCAGAUACAACAGCAACUGAAAUGGACAGAACAGAAUCAACUGUAUGCAUAUCACUGACUCCCAGUCUUCCACCUCCAAUGCCAGAGAAAAAAAUCUACCACUGUUCUGAAUGUGGAAAAGAGUAUGCAAGUCGCAGUGGACUUAAGGGACACAUGAAGCACCAUGGAGGAUUUGUCAAGGCACCCCGAGCUCUUGCAAAGACCAAGGGCCCAGAGAGAGUUUUGCAUCAUGAGCGUUCACAAACUCACCACCUUGCAACCUUUCUCCCACCAGGACAUCAGUGAGUCUAGAGGAACCAAGCCCCCUAGAAACAUCAGCAAGCAACAGAAUGCUCUCCCCUAGACCCUGUUAAAGGAAUCAGAAACAACGUAUUAAGAUUAAUUUAAUAGCUGACAAAAGGGAAGAAACCUGAAGGAUAUUAUGGACUAUGACUCUAGACUGAAAAAAAAAACACAACCCCACACGUGUACACACAUAGAGGGUUAUUCCUUGGUUAAAAAAAAAUGUCCCUGAUCUUUAACCCAGAUCCAAAUAUUAAAAUACCUGCAUUAUGUAUUUUAAUAUAUGUAAUGUCUAAAUAUCUUAUAGUACUUCCUUGAAUAUUAUGUGAUGUUCUUUUAGAUAAAUGUAAAUUAUUUUGUCUGCGUAAGUUAAGAUGGAUUCAUUUACUUUUCCAAAGUGAAGAUAUUAAGGUAGCUAAGGAUUUGAACAGUAGCUUUGGGUGAGGAACAGACCAAAAUUUACUAAGCCAAUGAUGACAUAAUUGAUCAUUUCCUUUAUUGUUAUUGUAUUGGUAUACCAUUUCUUUAUUCUUAAAGAACAUUUAAAAAAUAUGCGGUGUUUUUGAUUAAAAUCCGUAAAGGAUGGUAAAAUUUGGAGGGAGUGUAUUUCAAAUGAAGAAAUAUACUACUUACUCAAUUAAAAAGCACCUUGUUCCACGGCAGCCAUGCAC